AGUGACGUCAUACACGCAGGAACUGAACUGUGGCUCGUAGCAGAGUAGCUAAUUAAUAAAAUCACGUUAUUUUCUGUGUUACCGCAUUUGGUGUCGUUAUGGACGUCUAGUGCUGAGGGAAUGGUCUGAGUGCAGCAGCUCCAACAAAGAUGCACAGCCGUCUGCAGGAGCUGAAGAAGGAAGAGGAGACUCUUCUCAAAAUUAAAGUGAUGCUGCAAGACCAACUUAACAGACUGAAGUUUGAAGAAGGGGCCUUGAAAUCUAUCAUUAAUGCUCAAACGGAAGAAGAAGAAGGAGCGUCUCAACGUCUGUCCUCUGAACCUGAGGUUUAUGUAAAUCUUGACGAUGAGAGUGAAAUCAAUCAAACGAAACUGCUCCUGAAUGCCGCUGUAGAUUGUGAUAUGGAGGAGGAGGACGAGGAAGAAGACGAUGAUGAGGAGGAAGAGGAUGAAGAUGAUGAGAUUGGAUUUCUGCCUGAGGAGGAUGAGGAUGAAGAUGAUUAUUGAGAUCGUCAGUGGUUAGUGAGGCUUGUAUGUUUGCUUGAUUGGAUGCAGCUGUUUCAUUGUUCAGUUUUUUUUCUCCUAUCAUUUAGGAAGUUUAAUUUAUUUGGAUGGAGUGACUAACGGUUACAGUGUAAUGAUGUGUGUAACAGUAUCCUCUAUGUCAAUCAGAUUUCAUUUCAGCCCUUUCACUAUGUUACAAUACAUGUGUCAAACCUUGUGAGAAAUGUCACACUGAUAUACAAUAAGACUUUGUUAUUAGGCGCUUAAUAGCUCACUAGAUAUGCGGUGCAUUUCGAACACAGGAAACUGAGCAGCAGUUCACGUAAGAAUGUUGAGAUGUGUCUUUUAGCAUGAAAAUGUAUGGCUGGGCCAUAUAGAGAUAUUGUGAGUACACUUUAUGUAAGAAAUAAUAAUUGUAAGCACAAAAUAAAAUGUUUUGUAUGAAGUUCA